UCUUCUUCUUGGGGAAUCUUAUUGACUCUGUGGGGAUCCUAUGCAUUUGUCUUGGAGCUGUUUUGUUUUUAGGCACGACUAUAUGGACACAGAAUGGCCCUCCUUCAUGCCACAGGCACACCAACCAACCAGACUACAGAAGCUCUGGAGGCCAAAGUGAUUCCAACCGUGUUCCUCACUUUGUGCUUCCUGAUUGGGGUUCCUGGCAAUGGUCUCGUGAUCUGGACCAUCCUUUCCAAAUUCCCCCAGCGCUCAUUCACCAUUGCCCUCAUCCUGAACAUAGCUGUGGCUGACUUACUGGUAAUACUGACUGUGCCUUUCUGGACUUACUAUUUCGCCAAAGGAUGGGUGUUUGGAGACUUCAUGUGCCGGUUCCUCAUGUACCUUGUGUAUCUGACCGUCUACACCAGCAUCUUCUCCAUCACGUUAAUGAGCCUCCAUCGCUUUGCUGUGGUGGUCCUUCCACUUGCUUCCCAAAGAUGGCGGAAGCCAAGAGAAACCCAUGGGAUAAUGCUGGCCGUUUGGUUGCUAGCCGGGCUUCUCUCCUGUCCGUGCUUGAUAUUUUCAUCCAAAGAGAUGCCCAGAGAGAAAUGCACGGAUGAAUUUUACGACUCCGACAACCAGCGCCUCGCGGUUAACAUAGUAGAGACGCUGUUUGGCUUCGUGAUCCCUUUUGCUGUGCUGGCAGUCUGCUACACUUACGUGGCGAGGAAGGUUCGGACUCUGAAAAACCACAAGGAAAUGAAAACCGGGAAGCUCAUUGCUGCAGUGGUUGGCGCCUUCUUUGUCUGCUGGCUUCCUUAUCACAUCUUAAACCUCAUCAUCAUCUCUGCGUUGUUGCUGAGGCAUGCCAAGCCCCAGGUCAGCCAGAACUUACUCGAGUCCAUUCAUGUUUUAACAAACGUCCAUGGGGCGGUGGCCUUUCUCAGCAGCUGCAUCAACCCUAUUCUCUACGCCUUCGCAGCACGGAGUUUCCGCGGUGGGCUACGCGAGACCAAUUUUGCAAAAUUGUUUGAAAAACUGCGCAACGACACAGAGGAAAAAUUAACGAAGGACAAUACCGUUUCCAUGCAGACUUUGCAGUUCGAGAAGAACUGGGAGCGAAUUGGAUAGCAAACUCUUUUAUUUUCUGAGUGGAAUGUAAUUGUUGCAUCUAGGAAGGACUAUAGGGGAAGAUUGUAGACCAAAGAUUUUAGAGGACAUAGAAAAACUGAGGUGAGAACAAAGUGUCAGCUUUGGAAGCCAUAUUAACACCGGAAGCUUCCACGCUGCCGUCUUCUUGCGCUUGGGAAAGUCGGAUGGGGGAUUUGAUAGAGUGAUUUUUUUGUUAGACAUAAUAGCAUUCUUCCCUUCGGUCAAGGCCAUGGUGUUCUUGCAUCUGGAGGAGGAGGGUUGUAGUGAUAUCUCGAGAUGGGAGGGAUGGUGAUUGGGCCAUGUGACAGACUGAUGGGUGCAGGGGCUGGAUUUGGGAUUUUGAUUUACUAAGGGGAAAACCCAGAACUCUCAGAUUCGGGUUUUCCCAGA